CCGCCGCUUCCCGCCCCCGCGGCUCCGAGUCGGGAAGUUCGGGAGAAACUUCUCCCCUCCCCCGGCCCGGCUCGCCCGGCGGGUGUGUCUCCUUCCCGGCGCUACCUGCUCGCCCCCUGACUCGGUCUCCGCCCCGUCCUGUCCUUCCCGGUCCCGCCCAGGUCCGACUUGGGGUCCUCAGGGCGCUGGGACAACCCCACACCCCGGCUUUGAAGGUCGUGGGGCCACCCGGCGAGGUGGAGGGGGGCUAGGUUUGUUUUUACCCCGCUGCCGGAGUUGGGGGCUAGGGACGCGGCCCCUCCGGGUCCCAGAGGCCGGGCGAGUGUGUGUCGCCUGGUGCCGGGGGCAAGUGUGCGGGGCGAGGGCGAGGGGCUUCGCUGGGUUUGAUUGAAAACCGCAACAUGUUGAAGUUUUCCUUUGUUUUGGAUUGGGGGUUGGGACAUUUGCCAUUCAGCGUCCACUUUUAUCAUUCCACUCCUCCCCUCUCUCGGUUCCGAUCUCUGUCCUCGUGCGUUAAAGCGAAUUUUGUCGUAAAGCGUGUUUUUCCUCUGGAUAAUUGCUUCCAGCUUUUGCUCUCUGUUGGGCACGGGACGGAGUUGGUUUCAGAAGCUCUUUGAAUAUCAAGUCCGGUUGUCGGGACUGCUUUAGUUUUUGUUUUGAGCUUCUGUAGAUUUUAUAAUGGGCUGCAUUAAAAGUAAAGAAAACAAAACUCCAGCCAUUAAAUACAGAACUGAAAACACUCCAGAGCCUGUCAGUACAAGUGCCAGCAAUUAUGGAGCAGAUCACACUGCAGGGACACCAUCGUCUUCUGCAAAGGGAGCAUCGGUUAAUUUCAGCAGUCUUUCCAUAACACCAUUUGGAGGAUCCUCAGGGGUGACUCCUUUUGGAGGAGCUUCUUCCUCAUUCUCAGUGGUGCCAAGUUCAUAUCCUACUGGUUUAACAGGUGGUGUUACUAUAUUUGUGGCCUUAUAUGAUUAUGAAGCUAGAACUACAGAAGACCUCUCAUUUAAGAAGGGUGAACGGUUUCAAAUAAUUAACAAUACGGAAGGAGACUGGUGGGAAGCACGAUCCAUUGCUACAGGAAAGAAUGGCUAUAUCCCUAGCAAUUAUGUAGCGCCUGCGGAUUCCAUUCAGGCGGAAGAAUGGUAUUUUGGAAAAAUGGGGAGAAAAGAUGCUGAAAGAUUACUUCUGAAUCCUGGGAAUCAACGAGGUAUAUUUUUAGUAAGAGAGAGUGAAACUACUAAAGGUGCUUAUUCCCUCUCUAUUCGUGAUUGGGAUGAAGUAAGGGGUGAUAAUGUGAAACACUACAAAAUUAGGAAACUUGACAAUGGUGGAUACUACAUUACAACCAGAGCACAAUUUGAUACUCUUCAAAAAUUGGUGAAACACUACACAGAACAUGCUGAUGGUUUAUGUCACAAGUUAACAACUGUGUGUCCAACUGUGAAACCACAGACUCAAGGUCUAGCAAAAGAUGCUUGGGAAAUUCCUCGAGAAUCUUUGAGACUAGAAGUUAAACUAGGACAAGGAUGUUUUGGUGAAGUAUGGAUGGGAACAUGGAAUGGAACCACAAAGGUAGCAAUCAAAACACUAAAGCCAGGUACAAUGAUGCCAGAAGCUUUCCUUCAAGAAGCUCAGAUAAUGAAAAAAUUAAGACAUGAUAAACUUGUUCCACUAUAUGCUGUUGUUUCUGAAGAACCAAUUUACAUAGUCACUGAAUUUAUGUCAAAAGGGAGCUUAUUAGAUUUCCUUAAGGAAGGGGAUGGAAAGUAUUUGAAGCUUCCACAACUGGUUGAUAUGGCUGCUCAGAUUGCUGAUGGCAUGGCAUAUAUUGAAAGAAUGAACUAUAUUCACCGAGAUCUUCGAGCUGCCAAUAUUCUUGUAGGAGAAAAUCUUGUAUGCAAAAUCGCAGAUUUUGGUUUAGCAAGAUUAAUUGAAGACAAUGAAUACACAGCAAGACAAGGUGCAAAAUUUCCAAUCAAAUGGACAGCUCCUGAGGCAGCACUGUAUGGUCGAUUUACAAUAAAGUCUGAUGUAUGGUCAUUUGGAAUUCUACAGACAGAAUUGGUUACAAAAGGCAGAGUACCAUAUCCAGGUAUGGUGAACCGGGAAGUGCUGGAGCAGGUGGAACGAGGAUACAGGAUGCCCUGCCCUCAAGGCUGCCCAGAAUCCCUCCAUGAAUUGAUGAAUCUGUGUUGGAAGAAGGACCCUGACGAAAGACCAACAUUUGAAUAUAUUCAGUCUUUCCUGGAAGACUACUUCACUGCUACAGAGCCACAGUACCAGCCAGGAGAAAAUCUAUAAUCUAAAUAGCCUGUUUUAUGGGCACAGGUCUGCCAAAAUGUAAAGAAUUUAUGUAGAGUUCCUCACUUACAUUAAGGAAUCAAAAGAAGAAAAUCUUCACUCUGCAUGUUUUUAAUGGUAAACUGGAAUUCCAGAUUCGAUUGCACAAAACCACUUUUUUUUUUCCAAGCGUUAAGUACCAAUGAUGAAUUUUCCAACUUAUUUCAGGGUCCAAAGAAAGUAGAGCUGAGAAUAUUGAUGACAGCUUAGUUGGUAGCGUGGUAGUGAAGAGCAACAAAGCUACUGUCUAUAAAUCACUUCUGUUCUUUACUUCCCCAAACAGAAUUGUUGAGAUUAUUUAUUGUUAUAGACAAAAUUUGGGAGAUAAAAGUUACACAUAAAAUCUAAAAUUAAGGAACUUUGUGGGACCAAAUGAUUCCAUUCCACUUUUUAAAAAUUUCUUGCGUUUAUUCUCAAAAGUUUUUUUCCAAAUCAGUCAAUAUGUAAUCUUAACAUAUGCCUCAUUUUGCAUGGAAAUGGGCCAGGUUUUUCAGAAGCAAGAAAGGAAUAUAAACAGUAUCAAAAGAAAUUAAAUUUAGACCACACCAGUGGAUUUCAGAAGUAUGAUAUACUGUGUUCAUACUCAUGUUUAUGGAACUGGAAAAUAGAAUAAAACAUUUUUCACUUUACUCAGUUUCUGAAUAGUUCUAUUUAUAAUCAUGAAGGUAAGUAGAAAGUAAAUCUUUUUAAAUUUGUAUUGAUUUUUUUAAAGGCAGUAUAUAAUUAAAGUCCAAGAGGAAAUCUUUUAAUCCUUAAAUGGCAUGAAAGUAAGACCCAGCAUUUAAAUAGUCCUUUCGAAGAAAAAAAAUAGGCUUGGUACUGUGAGCAUUGUUGCUAAUAUGUUGUUAUGGUAAUGGGUGCCACAAAUAGAAAGUACCACUAGAUCAGGGACUUGAAUGCACUUUUGCUUGUAUUGAAUAGAGACUAACAGAGAGGGAAAUGUAUUUAAAAGAAAUAUGAGAAAAGAUAAUGUGAAAGUUUUACAGGUGGAGAAUGGAAUGUAAUGUUUAAUGUUGAUGUCAUGGAGUGACAAAUGGCUUUGCUGGCACUCAAAGCACCUCCCUUAGCUAUUUUCUGAGACUUGAAGAGUUAUAUAAAGCUAAUUUUUCUUAACAUAUACACUAAAUGAGUGUUAUAUCCUCAAAAUAGUGAAGUCAGGGCUUCACACUAAUUCCAAUGACAAAGCGUUUAUGUAAAACAUUUUUAGAACUCUAGUGUUCCAAUCCAUGUUUGAAUCUGUAUUCACUUUUUUUUUUUUUUUUUUUUUUUUUUUGAUAGGCAGAGUGGACAGUGAGAGAGAGACAGAGAGAGAAAGGUCUUCCUUUGCCGUUGGUUCACCCUCCAAUGGCCGCCGCUGCAGCCGGCGCACCGCGCUGAUCCGAUGGCAGGAGCCAGGAUCCAGGUGCUUUUCCUGGUCUCCCAUGGGGUGCAGGGCCCAAGCACCUGGGCCAUCCUCCACUGCACUCCCUGGCCAUAGCAGAGAGCUGGCCUGGAAGAGGGGCAACCGGGACAGAAUCCGGUGCCCCGACCGGGACUAGAACCCGGUGUGCCGGCGCCACAAGGUGGAGGAUUAGCCUAUUGAGCCACGGCGCCGGCUUGAAUCUGUAUUCACUUUUGAAAUAUACUUAAUGGUUAUCAUUUUUCCCUCUUAAAGUAUAGAUAAUUUGGGAAGGAAAACUUAUUCUGUGUAAUAACAGUAGUAAAGAGAAGGACAGUUUUUGCCUACUUGAAGUGCAGAGUGAAACACAAAAUAAGCUGAUUUUUAUUUUUAUUAUAAACUCAAAUUCUAAAAUACAGAUUUGAAUAGCAGCAUUACUGCUUUAAGUGUCUAGAAGAGGGAAAACUGAACAUCAUAAUUAAAAGUGACAUUUUAAAAUACUCUUUUAUAGCCAUACUUUAAAUAAAGCAGUAUCAGGUUUCCAGGUUUUAGGAUAUAAUAUUUAACUACUAUCACUUACCUAAUUUCAUUAUUAAAUUUCAUAUUCUGUGCCAUGGUAUCCAUGUUCAAAUUCAGGCCAUUCUAAAAUGUGACAGGUGAACUUCAUGCAAGAUUUGGCAACAGUUCUGGUACUAAAAAUUAUGGUUGUUUCUUCUGUUUACGUAACCUGGUUAGUAUUGGAGCCCUCUGCCAAGAGGGUCUUCCUAAGAAUAGUGCUGUCAUUAUUUACCCUUAACGUCUACAACCUGUGACAUGAGAUAUUUAAAGGGCUUUAUGUGAAUUAUGAUAUUGUAACUUUUCUAAGCAUUUUUAAAAGGGUAACAAAAUUAUGUUCAUAUACUAAUUCUGAUUAGAAAAAUAAGCCAGGAAAAGUUGAUGGUAUUCUUUAGGUUUUAACUGAAUGGAGCAGUGCUUUAUAAUAACAGAUGUAUAGUAAGGAUAAAACACUAACUUAAUGUUGUGUAUUCAGUUUAAAUUGUUACUUAUUUUUAAAUUGCUGAGAAAAAUAAAGUUUUGUACAUUUGGAGAUUUUUUUUCCCCAACAGUUUUUUGUCUUAAAUGUCUUAAUGUGGAACUUAAUUAACCCUUACCAAAAAAGGAAGUUGGCAAAAUAGCCUUCUAGCACAAACACUUUUUUAAAUGAAUAAUGGUAGCUUAAAACUUAAUAUUUUUAUAAAGUGUUGUAAUAUUGUUUUGUGAAUAAUUGAAAUAAACAUUGUUGAAUGCA